AUGAGAUAUGAGGUUGUGAAGAGAUUGGUUCCUAAGGGUCCAGAUCCUAUCCAACCACCCUCAUCAAUAUCAACAGAUGAUUUCCAUAUGAGAUAUGGGGCAGUGAAGAGAAAAGUUCCUAGUGGUCCAGACCCUAUCGUAUCACCCGCACCACCCUCAGAUGAUUUUAAUAUGAGAUAUGGGGCAGUGAAGAGAAAAGUUCCUAGUGGUCCAGACCCUAUCGUAUCACCCGCACCACCCUUAGAUGAUUUUCAUAUGAGAUAUGGGGCAGUGAAGAGAAAAGUUCCUAAUGGUCCAGACCCUAUCGUAUCACUCGCACCACCCUCGGUUGAUUUUCAUAUGAGAUAUGGGGCACUGAAGAGAAAAGUUCCUAGUGGUCCAGACCCUAUUGUAUCACCCUCACCACCCUCAGAUGAUUUUCAUAUGAGAUAUGGGGCAGUGAAGAGAAAAGUUCGUAGUGGCCUAGACCCUAUCGUAUCACCCGCACCACCCUCGGAUUAUUUUCAUAUGAGAUAUGGGGCAGUGAAGAGAAAAGUUCCUAGUGGUCCAGACCCUAUCGUAUCACCCGCACCACCCUCGGAUUAUUUUCAUAUGAGAUAUGGGGCAGUGAAGAGAAAAGUUCCUUGUGGUCUAGACCCUAUCGUAUCACCCUCACCACCCUCAGAUGAAUUUCAUAUGAGAUAUGGCGCAGUGAAGAGAAAAGUUCCUAGUGGUCCAGACCCUAUCGUAUCACCCUCAUCACCCUGGUGA